UAUGCCUAUUGUAUAAGGAAAAGCAAAAUUGUGGCAUCCAACAUAAGAAGAAUAAGUAGAUUAAUAUUAAAUAUUAAAAUAGGAUGCAUAUGAUGAUAAAAUGAUUGCCAACAUUGAAUUGAAAUCAUUAGAUUUUGAUGAUGAAAACUUUUCUCCUGUCUUUAAUAGAAGUAAAAAAGAAUUCUUCUUAUAGGCAAGUGAAAGAUAUAAGAAAGAUUUAUCUAAAGUAAUUAUAAAUAUUAAAAAAUUAAAUAGUUAGCCAGACCAUUUUAAUCAUAUACAUGCGAAGAGUUUGUUAAUAAAUACAUUUUCAUUAAACCAAAUCACACUUAUUGGAGAGAAUGGACAGUUACUAAAUGGAUGUCAGGAUUUGGUUUGGGAUAUUUGGUUUUAAGAGAAGUAUAAAAAUAAUUUGAAUUUAGUUACCACUACGUAAUUUUUAUGCAAGAGUUUUUGUUAUGUGGAUCUUCUUAGCAAAAUUAAGUGAUCACUUUACUUCAAUUCUACCAUAUCAUGGUAAAAUAGUGAUAUCUACAUAAUCUGAUAGAUUUACUAAGUAUAUAAUAAAUAAAUAUCUUAUAGUAAAGAUAUCAAUCAAUAUCAUAAUGUUUGUAGUGCAUUAAACUUUUUAGAAAUGCCAACAUUUUAGAAUAGAAUUUCAGAAUCUCUUGCUUGGAGAGCUAAAUAACCAGCUCAUUUAUUAUAUAAUGAUACAAAUUGGUGUUUACAUAUUCUUAAAAAGUGGCAUGGUCGUCCAACACAUAUUGCUCAUUGGGUAUUCAUAUAAUUAUUAUAUAAUAGGAUGGUACAUUUAAUCAACCCUUAGAAAGAUUAGCAGAUCCAUAUCAUAAGGAUGCCCACUUUAUCCAUUGGAUUUGAGAGU